UUGAGAUCGCAGUGCCCUAGAACCAGUCACCAUGUUCCUACCCAGCUGGCUAACAGAGGAUUACAUCCAAAAGGCCCUUCAGGAGUUCCACAAGGACGAUCAGCUACGUGUCCAGAAGGUGUGCGCCAAGCCAGCUACAGGGAAAGGAGAGAACUUCGUGGGUGUGAUGACUCGUAUCUAUGUGGACUUUCAGCAUGGAGAUGGAACCAAGCAAAAGCAAUCCUACAUCCUAAAGCAGGCAGUAUCUUCAGAUGCUCCACAGGCAAAAAUAUUCGCUGAGUACGAUGUAUACAACAGGGAACUGGAUAUGUACGACAUUGUGCUGCCCAAAAUGUCCAAGAUUCUCCAAGAGGCUGCUUUCAACGAUAAGCUGAUGGCGGAAGCUAUAGUCGUUGAUCGGGAACGCACCGUCAUGAUCCUCGAGGAUCUGGCUCCUCUGCGCUACACGAAUGCAGACAGGGUGAAGCAACUGGACAUGGCACAUACUAAGCUCGUCCUGGAUAUGAUGGCAAAGUUUCACGCUGCAGCCAUUAUCCUGAAUCAACGGGAGCCGGAUCUCCUCAGCCGGAACUACUCAUCGCACUUCUUCUCAAGGGACAAAAAAGGUUACGGGCAGGUGUUUGUUGGCCUGUUCAAGGCAUUCAUAAGGUACGUUAAGACCAAGCCGAAUCUAAAGAAUCGCUAUGCGAACAAGUUGGACAAUAUUGUCACCAAUUUAAUGGAAUACGCCGCCAAAUCUGUCGAUGUGGGAGAAAAGGACUUGCAGACUCUGGUUCACGGCGAUUGCUGGACUACCAACGUUAUGUACCUGUACGAUGAUGAGGGAAAUCCGACCACAGUACUCCCCAUAGACUUCCAGUUCAGUACUUGGACAUCUCCGGCUGUGGAUUUGCAUUACUUCUUCAGUACUUCGCUGAAAUCCGACGUGAAGGCGGAGGAAUUGGAGCUUGUGCAGUACCAUUAUUAUGCCUUAAAAAGCACCUUGGAAGCACUUUCCUAUAAGGGAUCCUUCCCCAGCCUGGUUGAGUAUCAGCUGCAGUUCGAGAAACGUAGAUUUUUGAGCUUAAUUAUUGCUAACGUAUUUCAACCCAUAAUGGUAUACCAAGGCAACGAGGACUGCGACUUCAUAAAUUUCUAUCGGGAAACCGCAGAAGCCAUCAAGUUUCAGGACUCGAUGUACGAAAACGAGGAAAUUCAGAGAAGAAUUGACACAAUACUACCAAUUCUUGAUGCCAAGGGAUUUUUGGAGGCCCAUUGAAAUAACAUAUUUUAAAUAAUCUGUUUAUUAGCUAUGAAUAAUAAUAAUUUUGAGCUUUAACCAAAAAUGACAAAACUUUUUCAGAGG